UUUGAGGUGAAAGGCUCGCUAUGGUGAUUCAUUGAAGCUUACUAAACACAUCACAGAAUAUGGUGGUUCACACAUAGCGGACACACAUCACACUACGUACGCAAUACUGGCACAAGCACAGGAGGAAAACACAGAACACAAUAAACAGACAAAAUGGCCAACCCGGGCAUCGUUGAGGUUAAGCAACCAGCGGCUGGUGUCGACGGUCAGCAAUGGAUGGCAAUGCCGCCGCUGAGUACAGGUUCGACAGGUGUCCCACCAGGCUUGGAAUACCUGAACCAGAUUGACCAGCUCCUCAUACACCAGCAGGUAGAACUCUUGGAACUAAUGACAAGCAUUGAGACCAAGAACCGCUAUGCCAUCAAGAAUACGUUGGGCCAACAGGUGUAUUUUGCUUACGAAGAGUCUGAAUUCUGCCAUCGAAAUUGCUGCGGCUCAGAUCGAGGCUUUGUCAUACAUAUUGUUGACAACCGGUCUCAGGAGGUGAUACGCGUGAUUCGGCCGUUCAAGUGCUGCGCCGGAUGCUGCUGGUGCGCAGACGCAGAUUGCUGCGCUUGUGAAAUCCUAAUUGAGGCGCCGCCGGGCCAAGUCGUAGGCUCCGUCCGACAAUUAGGAAGCAAGUGGAAGCCAAAAUAUGGAAUUCGCAACGAAGGCGGGAACCAAAUCCUCCAGAUAGGCGGUCCCUGCUGCCCAUGUCAGGCUGUCUGCUGCACCGCGGAUGUGGACUUUAAGAUCAAAGGAACUGAUGGAGUGACUGAGGUGGGAAAGAUCACCAAACAGUGGGGUGGUUUCAUUCAAGAGCUCAUCAGCAAGGCAGACAUUUUCUGCUGCACAUUUCCGAUGGAUAUGGAUGUCAAAAUGAAGGCGACCAUAUUGGGUGCUGCUUUCCUUAUCGACUUCAUGUAUUUUGAGGAAGAGGACAACGACAACUAGUAUGGCACGGGAAGCGUUACUCACGCUCGAACAUCUUGGAUCUGUUUUUCAAAUUAGAAAGACGGGACCAUAAAGUAAUCAACAAAACCAGAUCAUUGUAUGGUAGAUUCAUAAGAACGUCAUAUUUCGGUCUUUUAUUAACAAUAUCUGGUCUUUUAGAUUUUCCCGAGUGUUAUUGCAUAAAGAAAGUAUGUUUAACAGUUAUACAGUAGAAACUAGUGUUAACAUUUUAAGCCUUUUAAAUGCAUUCUGGUAUGAACGCGCUGUGGUGUUCAUAAUCCAAAGCUAAAUCCGUUGUGGUGUUUAUCUUUUAAACAAAGAUGUGUUGACGUGUUUAGACACAAAUGGGUGUUAACAACAAGACACAAAACGCGUUUAUGGGGUUGUAACAACUUCUUAAUACCAAAACACGUAUAUUUCCGGGGAAAAAAGGUGUGGUGUUGGUUUUUACAACACUCUAACACUGGCUAAGGCCCGUUUCAAACGUCAUGCUUACGACGUUUAGAUAAAAUUGAAUUGAGCAGGGCGUUAGCACGGCGUAAGCACUGCAGUGGUUCGAAUUUAAUUCAAAAGGCCCAGUCGAACUUAAAUAGAUCCAACAUGGCGGACCAGCUUAACACGAAACGUGAUAUUUCGAUCUUUCAGCCAGAGUCACAAAGAAAACGGAUUUAGAUUCGGCGGCAUUACCCGGACUUUACUUAUUUCUCAAAAAGAAUCGAGGCCUGUUUAUUCUCAAGGCCCGUGUUAUGGUUCCCAGCGAUCUUGCAGUAACGUCUCAAAGGUCUAUCACCCAGGUUAGGCGUUUGAUAUCACUUGGGAGUCUUAUUCCGGCAUUUUGACAGGAGUCUUAGUAUUCUCUUAUAUCAGCAGGGAUUUAAAAGAGAAUAUGUACCUGCAGAACCCCAUCUCCCUCCGAGCUCUGUCUACCAAUCUGCUCCGUGCGUUUCGAGAAAUUUUCCAUUUGGUGGCCCUAUUUUUUUGUUGAUGCGUGUGUUUGUCGAUGAUUAUUUCUGAACUCUACGACACAUUUUGAACAUGCGCACUCCUAAUUAUCAACGAAGUUUAGGACCAACAGAAUAGCAAUUGUUUUCGACUGGGCAUUAGCACGUUGUUUGAAACUAGACCGUGCUUCUGCCGCACUUAAUGAUAUUAGCACGGCAGACCCUAUCGAACCAAAAUCCUCUGCCGUACCGAAAUCAGUUUGCCGAGACAAUGGGUUUCAAACGUUGAAUUGUAUUCUAUGGGGCAUAAGCACGACGUUUGACACGGGCCUAAGCAUGCAAUCAACGAGGGCAUUUUUAACGGAUACAUUAUCAUAUAGUUUCGUGUCGACGUGUAACUUGUUUACAAAAAAAAUUAAUUUGCAUAUCUACCAUGAUUUUCUUUUUAUGUGCUGAUUUUGAUAGCUUAAUCUUAUAAUAAACGUAAAUAAUAAUAAUAACCUUGUAAGGCACACUGUUAAUGUCUAACGCUCAUCGCUGAGGAUAUUUUUAUGGGAUCUAGGCGAUAUGCCCAGACGGUAUCUCAACCGUUAACCUUCCCGUUUAAAUUUACCACCGUGAUUUGGAAUAAUAUGUUUCGAAACUGCAUUUGUUGCUGAAUUCCACAAAAGGUUUUACUGUCAUUUCCAGUUCGGUGUUAGUGUACAUUACGAAAAAUUAAUUCAGGCGUGGUAUCUUGACAUAAAUGGACAUUAACAGGGUGAACAAGCUGAGAAUUCCUAAAAGGCCGAGAACUCCAAAGUUGCUCUCGCAACCUGCUGCAUAUUUUGUUAGAUGUAGCUCUACUAACUAUUCAACGUAAAUUUCUAUUUAUUCAGGUUCAGCUAAUACGAUCGUUAUGUUUUUCGUGUGGUUAUUAUUAACCUUGUUUUCCUUUUUAUGAAGAAUUUCAUCCUACCGAUCGUCUAAAUUAUUAGAUCAGUAAGAUUUUAAGCUCAUUUUAACCAGUUAAUCCUUUUGAGCAAAUUGAUGAGUGAAAUUUAACUAUAGGAUUUUUCGUUUUGGAGACAUAGGAAUGAUUGCAUAGCCAGGAUAGUGUUAGCAUGUGGCCCCUUUCCCCUAGUAAAACUAUGCAUUAAGAUAAGAUAUUGAUUUUUCUUAUUUGUGUGUUGAUUUAUCAUCACGUCUUUAUCAUGGCGCUGGAACAAAAUUAUUUACAAAUGAAAUUAAGACGUUGGACGUUUAUUAAAGUUUGCUUCAGGGAAAUGAUCAUAAAUUGCACAUUUUUAUUAAAUCGAAAAGAGAAAUUUAAUAUCAAAUUACCACCAUCCGAGAGAAAAACACCUCAAAUCAUACGAGUUUACUCUGAAAGAAAAAAAAAUACCAUAUAAAAAAUGAAAUUCCAACACAAAUAGAUCAGGAAAGACAAAGAGAGUGGAUAUAGGUAACAGGAAAUGUUAAAGAAACACCUAAAUAGUAAAAUUGUAUUUAUUAUUACAAGACUGAUAUUUACUCGGUUUGGCAGACUUGUACAUUAAUUGCACAAGGAUAUUGAAACUGAGGUUUUGGCCUCUUUCUGGCUUUUAUUUUAGGAACGAAACUGCAAAAAGGGAAUAAGUAGUUGGGUAGGCCGUUAACACUGAUACAUGUAUUUGAAAGGUCUAAACGAAGGAUAAUCAAUGCCAUGUUCUUUAAUGCUUUCAUUGUAAAUAAACUACCCCUUUUACGGUCAAUGAAUUAGAAAUGUAUAACAAGCCACUGU